AUACUCGAAGGUGCUAGCCGAACUACGUUUCGAGGCUGAAAGAGUCUUUUCAAGCUGUCAAUUUCCCAAUGAAAUUCUUGUUGCUUUCAAAUUUGAGAACCCUUUUGAUUCUUUACUUCCACCUUUUUGCUGGAAUCUAUACUUACUUUUACAAGUUUUGAUAGGUUUUUAAAAUCAGUGGACCUUACCCGUUACUUCCUCUCAAAAUUCUGUGUCCCCCUCCACCUCCACCACCAUUUCCCUUUAUAUAAACACCACCUUCUGUUUUCUUGUUUUCGUAGAUUGUUUGAUCUUUUCCUUUGAUUCCCAAUACUCCCUCUUGUUGGAUUUCCUAUCAGUUUCCACAAAUUGCUCCAUUAAUGGCUUCAAAAAGAAUCUCCAAGGAGCUUAAGGACUUGCAGAGAGACCCACCAACAUCUUGCAGUGCAGGUCCUGUAGCAGAGGAUAUGUUCCAUUGGCAAGCAACAAUCAUCGGUCCAACCGACAGCCCUUAUGCCAACGGAGUAUUCCUCGUGACUAUCCAUUUCCCACCUGAUUAUCCAUUCAAACCUCCAAAGGUUGCGUUUAGGACCAAAGUUUUCCACCCCAAUAUAAACAGCAACGGGAACAUUUGCUUGGACAUACUCAAGGAACAGUGGAGCCCUGCUCUUACCAUAUCCAAGGUUUUACUCUCCAUAUGUUCACUUCUGACUGAUCCAAACCCAGAUGAUCCACUUGUUCCAGAGAUUGCUCACAUGUGCAAAGCUGAUAAAGUCAAGUAUGAAUCCACUGCUAGAAGCUGGACCCAGAAGUAUGCCAUGGGCUAAAAACAAAAAACAAAAAACAAAAACAAAAACCUUCCCCCAUGUUUGCUGUUAUAUCUUCAAUAUUUACUUUUCAAUCAAGUAAAUGUUCUUCAAAAAAUUAGUAUCUUUCUUCUUGUCCUGUUUCAAUUCUGAGGUAUUCAAAAGGCCUGUUUGGCUUACAAAUAAACAGGUCCCAUCGUAAGGCUGUAAUUGUGGGUGGGAGCACCUCUUUGCUUGGGAAUAAAAGCUUGUCCACUAUA